AUGGAGCAGAAGUUCGUUGGCUCUGCGGAGUUUAACUUAGCAGAGGCGGUGUACGCAAGAUCCAACCCAAAGCACCAUGGGUGGCUCAAGAAGAAGCUGGAGAAUGUUCGAAGGAAGCCGCGCGAUCCACCCCUUGGCAAGCUGUUCGCAUACGCAGAGGAAUCUGUGAAUGCAAAAGUCGAACUUUCUUUUCAAAUGGCCGCGCACGACUUGAAGUCCACUGACUUUUGGAAGAGGAAGUGCGAUCCGUAUUUCAUGAUGAACCGCAUUGAGGGCGUGUACGACACUGGCGAGCUGUUCCUCGCCCCAGUGUUUCGUAGCGAAGUGGCGAGAAAGACCGGGGAGCCCACCUUUGAGGAGAGCAGCUAUACUGUGGCACAGACCAGCGCUUGCGACAUCUACCAAGAUGUGAUUAUCACAGCUUCGGCCUCGGCUCUCUUAUCAGUCUUAUUACUACAAUUGCUCUAG